AUGAGUGAUACGCCAUCAUUAGUUGCUGGUUCUCCUGCUGCUCCUUGUACUCCGGAUGUCUCUAUUGGGUCUUCUAGCAGCUCAUCAACAUCUACUCGGUUGAUCAUUUCAGUUGUAGGAGAAAACUUUGUUCCUAACUCGAAGACCAUCAUAGAAACAUUUAAGGAACGACAAGAUGCUACUGGUUACACAUGGAAGGAUGUUAGUCAAUCUACUCUAUACCAGUGGAAUCCUACUGUGAAUUCUAUGAUCGAAGGUAAAUGGAAUAAGGUAGUGAGACUGGUGGUCCAGGUACUAGCCCAAGCAAGCAUACUGGUGGUUCUAGGUCAACGAAUAAAACUACGCCCUCCUCCAAAUUCGUGGGAUAUAUUUAAGAAGCUACAUAAAAGAAAGGAUGGCAGUUUUGUUGAUGCCAAGUCUAAAUGCAUUAAUGAUAAAAUGGAGGUUGUCAUAGUUGCUGCUAUUUCGAUCCCAUCAGAUGACUCACAAGAAGUUCAAGAACUCGAUAUAAACCGCCUAUACUUUGAUGUCGUGGGUGGAGAAAAAAAAAGCAUCGUGUGUAUGAUUGGACUCUCAAAGUUUGACAUUCAAAAUUCUGUCACUUCACGGAAUUUAUCUGCGGUGUCUGAUGAUAUUGCUGAAGAGCGUAUUAAAGUACUUGAGGAAGAAGUGUUGCAUAUGAGAGAAAAUCAAGAGAGAAUUCUUCAAGAGCUAGAGGCGGAGGUGCAACAAUGAGUAGAGCAGGAGGUCUCGCGUUUGAGGCAACAAAGUGAUGAUCGAUUCAAGUUUAUGAAGGAGCGAUGGUCUCACACAAUGAGCGAGAUGGCGUUAUCGUCUCGCUCAAAUAGUAAUCCUACUCUCCUUAACAGUUAGGAAAUCACGAAAUGCUUAACUUUUUAAAUAUUUGUACACUUUUACUUAUUGAAGUUGUGCUUGGCAUGUUUUAACUUCCUACUUUUUUAUGAUAAAUCUAAUAUUAUGUUUAUUA